UAGCCGGCGGCUUCCCGGAAGAGCUGAGUUGCGGCGCGGUGAGUGAAGCCUAACUGCCGGGGUAUGCCAAGUGUCCGAUGGUGGCGCAGAUGCCUGCAGGGCCAGUGGGGAGGACGUUAGUAACCAGAAGAGCCACGGUGAUCAGGAUAGUUCCCGAGACCCCGGUUACAAACGAGCAUCGGGGAGGCGGAGGCCUGAUGACUCCGAGACGCAGAAAUGUACCACAGCUUGUAGCACAGCUUUGAUUAAAGAUGACUUCCUUGCUUGCUCAAGAAAUUCGCCUUUCUAAAAGACAUGAAGAAAUAGUAUCACAAAGAUUAAAGUUACUUCUACAAAUGGAGACUAAAUGUGGAGAUCAAAACACAGAAAGGGCAUCUCAGCUGCAAGCAGCUGAGACUGCUUUGAAAAGGAAUCUCGAUCUUUUAAAGGAUAUUGAAGCAGCAGCAAAGUCUCUACAGACCAAGAUUCACCCACUUCCAUGCCCAGAGGUGGUUUCUCUUGAGACUCGCUACUGGGCAUCAGUAGAAGAAUACAUUCCCAAAUGGGAACAGUUUCUUUUAGGAAGAGCACCAUACCCUACUGAUGUUGAAAACCAAAGUGAAGCAGAAAAUACCAUUCAAACUGAGGCCCAGUGAUAACUUCUUCACAUGCUAGUUCAAAAAACCUGUUUAAUAAAGCUGAAUAUUAAGGAGUAUGUAGAUAAUUACGGAGACUAUAGGAAUUGAAUACGCUCAUAUUGUUCCAUUACCUCCUCAAUGACACGUGAAAAUCUACUGGGCAGCCUCAGGUUGUCACGUAACUAUUUGAAAGUCAAGAACUUGCUUCCUCCCAAACUCAUGGAAGAGCUGAAAACCAAUAUUUAAAACUGGACUACUUACUAAAUAAAUUUCUAAGUCAAUGUCGUAUCUGCUGUAUAAACCAAUCACAUACUGUCAUUCCCAUUUAAACAGUUACAUUGGUUCUGAUUUUUUAAAGCAUCCUAGAGUUUUGACUUCUCAAUUAUUUGGUUAUGGGGAUCAUGUAUAGGAUCUAGGUAGUUGUUUGCUUACUCUUCUGGUUUCUUUUAACAAAUUAAAAGAUAUGAUACUUAGCUGCUUUAGUAUGCUAAUACUCAUCAGAAAAGAGAUGGAUAGGAUUUUUGUACCUCACAGGAAAAUCAAACCUCUGAAAGUUUUGGAGACAGAAAGAACUGAACUAUCAAGUAUGCAGUAAGUUAGCCGCUUUCAGGAAUACUCAGACUUGGUUUGGAAAGUGGAGAUCUAGCAGGGCUAGGAGUGGUUACUGGAUUUUGACUUGAGGAUUUAAGGAUUGCCAGUCUUGUGAAUGCAAAUAACCUCUCUAUCAACUUUUCAAGGUUUUUUUCCCAUCUUUUUUUGGAGAGGUUUUUGGUAUAGGGCACUUGCACUCGCCAGAAAAACAGAGACAGAAAUCGAGAAAUCGCCCCCCAGGGGGGAUGGCUGUGCUAUAAUCCCUUCUCCUCUGUUCAACUUUAAACUUGCCCUUCCCUCACUCUUCUGUUUUCAUUAUUUCUGAAAAAGCUGUCUUAUCAGAAAGCUCUAGGUCACAACCCUAAAAAGCUCUGAGAUUCCUCACUCCACCGCAGUUUGAGAAUAGGAAAAAAAAAUUAUAUGCUUACUACAGAGGUAGUAGCCUCUGCUAUUCAAAGGUGUCCGUGGUAUAUGAUGAAAUGUUUUCCAUUUCAAACUGGUUUGUGUUUUUUAAAAAAAAACGGUAGGACAAACUAAAACCACACACCAAUAACAACACUGUAUUGAAAGGUCCAUUGUGUUGGUAAGUUCCUUUAAACUACUAUCUUGGAGCUAUCCUGUUGAGUGGGUGUUGGUGUGGGUAACAAUAAUGUUGUUUUCAUAAUAUGUGCUGGCAGAUUAGCACACUUCUCUACAGUGUUAACAGUUGUAAUUAAGGAAUAAACAGUGCAGGGUGUCAGUCCGAUGACAAUUUCAUCUAUAGUGUCACAAUACAAAAUGUCACAAAAUAUUAGAACUGUUAUAUAACUAUAAAAAAAGUAUCAGCUUAAAAGCUGAAAGCCUUUAAA